AUGGCGACGUUGGAGAAUACUGGGCCUUUUCUCCGCAGCCAGCGUACAGCGACAGGAGCCACCGACGCCGACGCAUCGGAGGGCGCCGCCAAAAUCGAGGCUGGAUCAUGGAUGCUCCCCCAAGCCUCUCAAGCGACGCCCUGGCCCCCCAGCCAAGACACGUUGUCUGUCAUGGUUCCUCAGAGUUUUUCGACAACGCGCGAGCGGACGAGUCCAUACCACAAAGAACGAACGAACGAACGCCUACACAUGGCCAGCUGGGGCUGGACUCGCCGUUGCUUUGCUGGUGCGCUGGGACUUGCCACCAGGGGCAGUAGGCCCGAUGCCAAGAACCCCAAGAUACUGUGGAUGGAUGGAUGGAUGGGUGCUCUGCCACGGGCAUCCAAAGGCGGCCACGAGGUAACUUUGAAACUAUUUGAACACAACUUGCAUGCUAAGCCAACCAUGCCGGUAACGGCUGCUCGAGAACAGCCUCUGCAGCCACGCACGAAUCCUCCGUCGACGAGAUCCAUCGGCAGUGGACCUUGGGAUGACCCCAUUUCUGCCCUACCAAUCUGUCCUCGCACAGCGGCGGCCGCGUCCGGGGUUGCGUCGUACAAGCACGGGGAUUGGCGCGCGGCUGUUGCCCUUCACAGCAAGGUUUAGACCAUGUUGACCAGCGCCCGCUCAGACAAUCUGGCACCAGCGCACCACGCAGCUUCUGCCUGUUGUGUGCUGUGUGUUGUCUUGUUGUCCUGGCACCGCGCUAUCUUGGCUUGUCUUGUUCUUGUCCGACCCACUGGCCCUGGGCGUGGCUGUACAGUUUUGGCGCAGGCUUGGGUGACACAAAGGGUCUCGUCAGUGGUGUGCUCGUAAGACAUGACUCCACAAUAUCGGAUCGAUCAUGGUGGCUUCGUGCAUUACACGCGGGUAAUAACAUCCUAGAUCUGUCAGAUCUCCUGGUCUGGGUGGUUGUCAAACCGAGGGCGUGUGUGGGAAUCCGAAUCAAGGGCGGCUUUAGUUCGAUGGCACGCGUUUGAUGGAGGUCUCAUGGCCUCAUCUAGUGGUGGCCAACAUGUCUGAUAUGCGACGCAGCGUCAAGUGUUUCUGCAUACGGGA